UAAAGCUGUGUGCAAAACCUCGCGAACGCAAACCACAGACCAAAAAAAAAAUGGCUUUCAAGUUUGUUGCUAUUCUAGCUCUAAUAGCUGUUGCCAGAGCUGGCAUCAUACCCGUGCAUGAACAUUCAAAUAGUCACGAUCACUAUCAACCUACGGCCUACCAAAAAGUUCUGCCUGCUCAACAUAUCGUCUUAUCACAAAAUGCUCAUGAUGCCCACCAUGAAGAUUACCCUCAUGAUCCCCAUCCUAAAUACAACUUUGCCUACGAUGUUCAAGAUGCAGUAUCGGGUGAUUCAAAAAGUCAGUCAGAAUCAAGGGAUGGUGAUGUAGUCCAUGGUGAAUAUUCCCUUACCGAUGCUGAUGGAUUCCGACGAACUGUCAAAUAUACCGCCGAUGAUGUGAAUGGUUUCCAGGCUGUUGUUCAUCGUGAACCAAUCAAUGAUCACAAUUACCAGGUUCAUAGUGCAGCACCUGCUGAAUACCAUCACGCUGUUGCUCCCUCUGUGGUCAAAACCCAAACAACCUAUGUAGGCCCCACAGCUAUUGUUAAGGCUGCUCCUGUGGCCUAUGUUACUCCCGGUGUGCGACACACGCAGGUUGCUUAUGCUCAGCCAGAAUAUGAGAGUCCCAUAAAUCAUCAUGCCCAUCCUGAACAAUUACAACAACAUCAAGGAUAUGCUACUUAUGAAACUGACCAGCAAGAGCUUCAAGAACAAUAUAACCAUUAA